AUGCCACCAAUACGACGGUAUCUGCGUAUCUCAAAGCAUUCAGCCCUUGAAUGUCGUAUCUUUCUCGAGAACCCAGCUGAUGGUCCACGAUGGCUUCUGAAAGCCAGCGACCCUGCUCUGAAUCGCAUCUUCGAAGCCGUCAAGCCUUAUGUGCUUCCAAAGUUGAAAGAGGAGAACGAGCGAGCAAAGGGAAAGGGCAAGAAAAAGAAAAGCGUCAAAGAUGUGAUUGUCAGAGACGACUUUGAAGUCAGCGUCUUCUUGACCGAUGUCGGUACCAGACAUAACCUUGUAGUCAAGCAAAAGACAUUUCAAGACCAAAGAAAUAUCUCGGAGAGCAAUACUCGUGCUGAUCCCGUACUGUUACACGAAGAUAGUGAUGGGGACAAUGACCUUGCGCAGAUCCCUGAAGCCGGCGAUAACGACAACGAUCCUCGUGACCACAAUCUGGACGAUGAUAUGCAGGACGACAAGAAAAAGCUGGCGUUCAAUACUAGCUACACAGGGUUCGCUAUCUGGGGCAAAGUUCUGUGUUUGUUGGUUUCGCGUACCAACGGUAAUGGCCAGGUUCUGAUGGAUGAAUGGAUCACUGCCACUCAGAUGCAACAGUACGACGAUGACGAAUGA